CGCUGAUAAAGGUUGUUUGAAUGGGAACUUUAAAGUGGAAGAUGCAUCUGUUGGUGGCUCUGUUCAUCAUGUUUCACUGUAAAGAUGUGAAAUCGCGGACAAUCCACCAGACUCCCGCUGCCGUCUCCCAAAUCCCAGAGACGAGAGUGAAGCUGCAGUGCCGUGUGGAGACAGCAAGUACCAUCAACAUGUUCUGGUACAGACAAGCCCCGGGAAAGGGGCUGCAGCUGAUGUUUUACUCCAAUAUCGCAAAUCGCGUGGAUCCAGAGGGGCUGGUGGACGGUUUCACCGCCGAGAAACCAAAUAACAACGAGUUUAACCUGGAGACCCCCAACUUGUGGUUGAACAAUUCGGCCGUGUAUUACUGCGCCUGGAGCAUUCACAGUGACUCAGAGAGAGGGAGCAGCUCAACAAAAACCCCCAAAGGUUGCACGAAACAACCGCGAAUGACAUCACUCAUCGCCUCAGCUCGUCUUGCAGUCGUGGAUUCGCAGAUAAUCCAACAAAUUCCCGCUGCUGUCUCCAAAAUUCCCGGGGAGAAUGUGACUCUGAAGUGCACCGUGCAAGGGAUCAGCAACACUUGGAUGUAUUGGUACAGGCAAAGCCCCGAAAAAGAGCCGCAGUACAUGUUUCACUCCGCAGGUAGCAAUAUCGUAAGUCCCGAUGAACCGGUGGACGGUUUCACCGCCGAGCGACCCGGUGACACCGAAUUUAAUCUGGAAGCCCUCAGCCUCCGAGUUGAUCAUUCAGCCGUGUAUUUCUGCGGCUGGAGUCUUCACAUUGAAUACACCUCCCCCAAUCGCAUGUUCUUUAAUUUUGCACAAUGA